AUGAGGCCCCCAGUACUGAUCUCUGUGCUACUCUGGCUCCGGGGGUUCUUGGCCAAGGAAGAUGACGACACAUGCAGGCCCCUGUCCCCUGGAGAUGGGCACCCAGAUGGACCACCCCUGGAAGUGAACGUCAGCAGCCAGGGGCACCCCACAAGCCUCUUUCUGAGCUGGGCCUCCCCAGAGCCAGGUGGGUUGGAACAUGAGCUGUGGCUCACCCGCCUGACCUCCCCGGCAUUCCCUGAAGGCCAGCAGCGCCUGGUCCACACCAAUGCUUCCAGCUUCGAGUUCUCGGACCUGGUGCCAGGAAGUCGGUACCACCUGAAGGUCACAGCUUUACGCCCCUGCGGGCAGAAUGUCACCGUCACUCUCACAGCCCAGAUGGCGCCUGCACCCGUCAGCGACCUGCAGCUCCAUAGUGCCUCAGACCCCUUCAGCCUGGAGGCCUCUUGGGGUGCAGCCCCUGGAGAACAAGAUGGUCUCCGGCUCUACCUCUACCACCCAGAGACCCAGACAUGGGCACAUAAUAUCUCCUUGCCCCCGGACACCCUGGCCUAUACCUUUAGUGACCUCCUUCCAGGGAGUGAGUACAUUCUGGAAGUCAUCACUCAGGCCGGGGGUCUGCACGCCCAGAGCAGUGCCCAGCAAUGGACAGUGCCCGUGUGUCCCCGUGAGCUGAUGCUGAGUGCCCUGAGCACCACUGUUCUCCAAGCCUCUUGGAAUGGGGCUGAGGGGGUGGCCUGGCUCCAGCUGAUGCUCAGAGGUGCAGGUGGCACCAAUCUGACUGCGGUGGUCAGACGGGGAACCACCAAUCACACCUUUCGCAACCUCACCCCGGGCACCCGCUAUGAGCUGAUACUGAGCGCUACCGCAGGACCCCAUGAAAUGGGGGGCCUCAAUGCCACCGAGUGGACCUAUCCUGCCACUCCCCUGAACCUGCAGCUCAUCCCCCAACCCCCACAGCUCUGGGCAAGCUGGCAGGCUGGGCCCGGUGGCCGGGAUGGCUAUUUGCUGAGGCUCAUGGGUCAGCUGCAGUGGAACAUCUCUCUGGACCCCAGGGCCCUCAACGCCACCUUCCCAGGACCCCUGCCUACUGGCCACUACUCUCUGGAACUGAGGGUUUUGGCAGGACCCCAUCAUGCCAGCACCCAGGCCAGUGUCUGGCUAGAUGGGCCUCUGCCACCACAGUCCCUGGAAAUCUCUGGUAGGGCUAACCCCUCUGACCUGGCUAUUGGCUGGACUGCUUCACCUGGGGACCUGGAAGGCUAUGGUGUGGCCUGGCACCAGGAGGGAGACCCGAAGUCACAGGACAGCCAUGUGGACGUGGGUCCAAGGAACACCAGCCUGACGCUGAGGGGCCUCAUGCCCGGCUCCUGCUAUUCUGUAUCUGUGUGGGCCUGGGCAGGGAACAGCAGCUCCAGCCCCCGGAGGACUCGAGCCUGCACCCUCCCUGCCCCUCCUGCCAAUCUGAGCCUGGGGUGGACGUUUCAACCCCCUGCCCUCAGGACAUCCUGGAGCCCCCCACCUGGGGCCUGGGAUGGCUUCCGGCUGCGACUGCACCGCCUAAGACCCCUGGCCCUGGAGAGUGAUGCCAGGCUAGAGGCUGGUGUUCAGAACUUCUCCUGGGCCAAGCUGCCCGCAGGCACCGAGUUUCUGAUACAGCUGAGCAGCCUUCGGGGGCCAGAUGAGAGCACCAGAGCCAACACCACUGGCUGGACACCGCCUCUUGCCCCAGUUCUGGUUAAUGUGACCAGUGAAGGCCCCUCGAGGCUCCAGGUCUCCUGGGCACAUGCUCCAGGUGGUCGGGAGGGCUACCGGGUGACGCUGUAUCGGGCGGGUGUCCCGGCUGGCACCAGCUUUGUGGGCGCUGAGGUGGGCAGUGUGAGUUUUGUGGAUCUAACUCCUGGCACACGGUAUGAGGCAGAGAUCAUCUCCUGGGCUGGGCCCCUGCACGCGGUGACCAACAGCUCCGGCUGGACGUUGCCUACAUUGCCCAACGAGCUGCUGGUGUCCAUGCAGGCGGACAAGGCUGUGAUUACCUUGGCCUGGGCCGGCGGUCCCCUGGGGCAGGGGCUAUGCCAUGCUCAUCUCUCGGAGGUGCAACAUCUCUCUUGGGAGCAACCACUGAAGCUGGGCCAAGCCCUCCUGGUCCUCAGGGACCUCACGCCUGGACGCAACCUCUCCCUGACUGUGCUGUGCCGGGCUGGCCCGCUCGAGGUGGCCACUCAGCCUGUGGUGCUCCCUGUUGAACCUGGGCCUGUUCAGGAUGUGCUGUGCCGGCCCAAGGCCACCCGCCUGGCCCUGAACUGGACGCUGCCUGUGGGGGAGCUGGACGCCUGCCUGGUGGUGGUGGAGCAGCUGGUGGCGGGAGGUGGCGCUCAACCUGUCUUUCAUGCCAACAUCUCUGGAGAUGCCCUGGUGCUGACCGGCCUGGUGCCAGACACUUCCUACCGCCUCAGUCUUACUGUGCUGGGCAGAAACAGCCUGUGGAGCCGCACAGUCACCCUCGUGUGUGGCACCACUACUGAGGCCUGGCACCCUCCUGAGCUAGCCGUGGCACCCCAGCUGGAGCCUGGGACAGGGAUGGGGGUCAUCAUCCAGCGGGGCAUGUUCGGCGAGGACAACGGGCAGAUCCAGUGGUUUGGCAUCAUUGCCACCACCAACUCCUCUUUGAUGCGGCCGCCCCAGGAAGCCAUCAACCACACGUGGUACCACCACUACUACCAAGGACACGACUCCUACCUGGCCAUCCUGCUCCCCAACCCCUUCUACCCAGGGCCCUGGGCCGUACCUCAAUCCUGGACGGUGCUAAUGGGCACAGACACCUGUGGUCAAACCCAGGAGAUAUGCAAUGGGCCACUCAAGCCGGGUGCCCAGUAUCGGUUUGGCGUUGUGGCCUUUACCAGGCGCCUGGCUCCUGAGACCACAGUCUCCUUCUCUGCUUUCUCAGAGCCCCGAACCAACAUCCCCUGGAUGGUGCUGCCUCUCCCGCUGUUAGCCGGCAUUGUUGGAGGCGGCACCUUCAUCCUCUGUGGCCUGCUAGCCCUGCUGCUGUGCUUCUGCCGGAGGGCGAAGGGGCAGAGGGUCCACAAGAAGCGCUUUUCCCAGGAGUUGACAGCCUACAACCCUCGGUGGACCCAUAGGCCCAUCCCGCUUCACAGUUUCCGCCAGAACUUCGAGGCCAAGAGUGCGCAUGCGAACCAGGCUUUUUUCCAGGAGUUUGAGGAGCUGAAGGAGGUGGGCAGGGAGCAGCCCAGGUUGGAGGCCCAGCAUCCUGCCAAUGCCACCAAGAACCGUUACCCGCAUGUGCUCCCCUAUGACCACUCCCGGGUUCGGCUGGCCCAGCUGGAAGGGGAGCCCCACUCUGACUACAUCAAUGCCAACUUCAUCCCGGGGCACAGCCACCCGCAGGAAUUCAUCGCCACCCAGGGGCCUCUGAAGAAGACCCUGGAGGACUUCUGGCGGCUGGUGUGGGAGCAGCAGGUCCACACCAUCGUCAUGCUCACCGUGGGCAUGGAGAAUGGGCGGGUGCUCUGUGAACACUACUGGCCUGCUGACUCUAAUCCCGUCACCCAUGGACACAUCACUGUCCACCUCCUGGCCGAAGAACCUGAAGAUGAGUGGACUAGGCGAGAAUUCCAGCUGCAGCAUGGCCCCCAGCAGCAGGAGCGGAGGGUGAAGCAGCUGCAGUUCACCACCUGGCCUGACCACGGUGUCCCUGAUGCCCCCACGCCCCUGCUGGUCUUUACCGAACUGGUGCGGAUGCAGGCUCGGGCCUCCUUGGCCACAGGGCCCAUCCUGGUGCACUGCAGUGCCGGCGUGGGUCGCACCGGGACCUUCGUGGCGCUGCUGAGACUGCUGCAGCAGCUGGAGGAGGAACAGGCAGUGGAUGUGUUCAAUGCAGUGUAUGCACUGCGCCUGCACCGGCCUCUCAUGAUCCAGACCCCGAUCCAGUACAUCUUUCUGCACAGCUGCCUCUUGAGCAAGAUUCUGGAGGGACCAUCUAGACCUUCUGAAGCUGAGAAGACAGGAAGCUGGAGUUGGGGGCCCUGCCACCACCCCGCGAGCUUGUCCCAGCCCAUCUCCGUGACCAGCUUCGAGCAGGCCUGUGCCAAGCGAGCAGCCCACGCCAAUGCAGGCUUCGUGAAGGAGUAUAAGCUCUUGCUCCAGGCCAUCCAGGACCAGGCCCGCUGCCCCAUGCCCCCUCCUGGCUAUGAGCAGGACCUUGUCCCCUAUGUUCAUUGCCCGGGGCGUUUUGUUCUAGGAGACAGUAGUGGGGGACAGGGGAAGAAGAGCCCUCCUCAGCAGGUGCCCAAGGCCUGGCUCUUCCCUGGUGGAGUUUCCGGCCAUGACCACGUGGUGCUGACUGGGUCUGCCCAGCCUGAGGAACUCUGGGAGCUGGUGUGGGAGCAUGGGGCCCAUGUGCUAGUGUCUCUGUGCCCGCCUGAUGCCAGGGAAAAGGAGUUCUGGCCGACUGAGAGCCAACCCGUGGUCCUCACAGACAGUGUCACAGUGCACUGGGUGACCGAGAGCAGCACGUCUGGCUGGCCCUGCACCCUCCUGCGUGUCAUCCAUGGGCUGAGUGGGGCUGAGAGGCAGGUGCAGUGGCUGCAGAUGCCAUGCUGGGAGCCCGAGCUGGAGCUGUCAGCCUCCACCCUGCUGGCUUUCCUUAUGUCUGCCCACCACUGCUGCUCCCAGGACCAGAAGAAGCCACGUACCCUGCUCAGCCACUCCAGCAAGGGUGUAGCACAGCUGAGCACUUUCCUGGCUCUGGAUCAGCUGCUGCAGCAGGCGGGGGCUGAGUGCACCGUGGACGUCUUUAGCGUGGCCCUGCAGCAGUCACAGGCUUGUGACCUCAUGACGCCUACAUUGGAGCAGUAUAUCAACCUCUACAAGUGUCUACGCAGCGCGCUGGUGGAUAGGCUGACCUGCUCCCUGCUUGUUUCUGCCACCCCAGAGGCCAUCUUCAGCCCUCCUACACCCCAGCUAGUGGAGGUGAGCACUGGAGAGACGCUAAAGCAGAGAGCAGAGGGCUGGGUGAGGCCUGAGGAGAAGCAGAAACCUGGGAAAGGUCUGGAGAAGAGGCUGAGGGACCUCCUGUCCCCCAGGUCAGAAUCGAUUCACAGCCCAGAUGGCAAUGCUGCCUCCCCCAACAGACUAUAG